UGGCCAGCAGUCGCUGAUACCCUGGCCCAGGCUAAGCAUUGAUAAUGCCCCACUCGCAGCUGAUUCACCAUGAGCUGGAUAGACUCCGUCUGCUGCUUGGCCUGAGCAUCAUAUUUGUAAUUUGCCAACAAAGUGCCACCUUCGGCUACGUCAAUUCGGACAUAUGCACCUCGAUCAUUGAGUCCGAUAUCUGCCCAGAGAGUUACCAUCGCAAGCGGGAUGGGCUCUGCAUCAAGUCUCUGUGCUACCUCAAAGUGAACGACGACUGCUACCCACAGGACAGCGAGGCCAGAUGUGCGAGGUCUCUGUCGUGCAUCUGCAACCGAUGCACGAACUGCAGCGACUACAACCACGCCUGGAAGUGCCUGAGAGCCAGGUGUGAGGACUAUAACCUGAAGAAGCGCAUUCCGACCCGUUUCCUGCCUUGGCUCAAUCGCGCUCGCUGGCAGAACUUGUCGAAGCGACUCAUUGAGCCCAAUUAUGAAUACUGAAUGUCGACUCUAGGAUGAAUUGCCAAAUACUCGAAUAAUCGGAACGAACCCGCACUUCAUACAUAAACACGUAAAUGCAUACCUUAAACAUAUUUAAACGAAAAUAAAAAUUUUAGCAAAUAAAGUGACCAUUUUUGCCAUUAGGCAACCCUUGAAAUUGUGCGCGCUACCUAAGUGUCAGCAAUGGCUUGUAAUUCCCAACUGUUAAUUCGCCAGCGUGACAGUAUAAAUAUGAGUUUUAUUGAGGAGAACUUCGUUCUUGCUUCGGCAGAACAUAUACUAAAAUUGGAACGAUACAGAGAAGAUUAGCAUGGCCCCUGCGCAAGGAUGACACGCAAAAUCGUGAAGCGUUCCACAUUUUUUU